UAGCAGCAAGGGAGCACGAGUUUAGUUUCAAGCAAGGUUUCAACAUGGUUUCAAUGGCUCUAUUCAUCGAAAGGGUUCAGAAGAGACGCCAGUACUGUACAGUGGAGCCUGCACUUUUUCUAUUCAUGUUUGCGUCUUUCCUCUCCUAUCCAAUCUACCAAGAGCUCCUUCACCACACGUUCUGCAAACAGGACCCCAACUGCCCUCUUCCUUACAAUAACACCACAUCCUCUUGCAACGUUGAGACUUAUCCUUCUACUGUUCGUGAUAGAACCUCACACUGGAUACUCUACACUAACUUAUCAAUGGGACUCACGUCACUCCUCCUCUCUCUCCUGUAUGGGUCUCUUUCAGACGCUCUUAAAGAACGUAGGGUUUUUCUGGCGCUGCCAUCAGUAGGCGGAGCAAUUAAUUCACUCAUCGUCAUUAUCGUUCAAUGUGUCAGUCCUGAUUAUAUGUGGGCGUAUCUCAUAGGGGCGGGGCUCUGUGGGCUAGCCGGCGGUUUUUCUGUUUUUAAUCUGUCGGCUUACUCGUAUGUCUCUGAUAUCAGUCCCCAUAAUGACCGUACAUGGAAGAUCGGGUGGUUGGAGGCUACAAUGUACAUCAGUUCGUUUUUAAGUCAGUUACUAGGUGGGAUAUGGAUUCAGUUUCAAGGGUACACCGUUCCUUACUUUGGGAUUCUAGCAUGUCAUGUGACAGUCGUAUUUUACGUGAUUUUAUUUCUGCCUCCAGCUCAGAGAGAAAAGCAACCGAGUAAAGCUGUUCAAGAAACUGUUACAGAAACGAAACCUUUAUUAAAUAAUGCUCAUGACCCUCCAAGUGAUAGCAGUUUACAGAAGAGGAAAUCUUGGCUAAUACUUAAUGUAUUUAGUAGAAUCUAUCACUUCUUUCAGCUCCUUCGUUCUUCCUGGAGGCAUGUAUGCCUAACUUUGAUAUUCUUUAUCCUUGAGAUCAAUUUCCUUGGCAUAACUGACACUGUUAUUCUAUAUUCAUUGUCCAGGCUAUGCUGGGACUCUAAAACAAUUGGAUACUUUCUAGCGGAGAAGAGCGGCUUUAAUGCAAUAGCUGCUUUGCUCAUUUUGCCAGUACUUGUUAAAAUGAGAGUCAGCGAUCCAAUGAUCGCUAUGAUUGGUUUGCUGUUUGGAUCUGCUGCACUAAUUGUGAUGGGUUUCGCCACUCACUCCUGGAUUAUGUUUAUUGUUCCUGUCAUUGGAGCUAUGAGAGGUUGUGUAGUACCUGUAGUGAGAUCAAUGCUGUCUAAGAUAACACCAAGUGAUCAGCAAGGUGUAAUGUUUUCUGGUUUGAGUGUAAUAGAAGCAUCAUGCAUCAUAGUCUCAUCAUCUCUUUAUAACUCGCUCUUCCCUCUUACUUACUCUAUCUAUCCUGGACUCUGCUUCUUUAUGAUUGGCGUUUGUUCGAUACUCGUUAUUCCUCUUAUGCUCUUUCUCUAUUUUGAUGCAAGGAUACGAAUGAAAGACAAAACUUCAAACAAAAGCUAAAAUUAAAAUAAUAUAUAGCAAAAACUUAUGUAUGAUAAUUAUAUCUACAC